AUGUGUCUGACAAUUUGGGCUUUGCUGAACGACGAGGCCCAAUCUGCAAUGUUGUGGGCCGGGCCUUGGAGCAUGCUGCUGGUCAUAGCCACGGGCUCGGGUUUUGUCCGGUCCAAAUGGCGCUCGAGGAUUGGGAUGCGGGCCGUUGAUUUUCUCAAACGGGCUAUCGAGCUCGAGGCAUCUAAGGUGGCCAUUUUCAUGGUGGUCCAAGGCCUUGUCUACCUCAUCCUCUCACAGUCCUCCAAUGUCUUCUCCAAGACUCGAAAAUCGAACAGCUUCAAGAUGGCUCGGACGAUAAGCAUCCGCCGCUGGGCCGCCGCCUUAGCCGAUAUUCCGGCGGGCGGCGAGCAAUCUCCGGCGCCUAGGGAUUUUCUCCGGGCACUUAGCCUCAAAGAUAGUAAUUGA